CGAAAGAAAGCCCUAGCAAGUUGCUGCGUCUGUCUAAAGUUGGAAGGAAGAAUGAGUAAGAAGAUAUGCGAUCUUCCACCGGAAGUGGUAGGGGACAAGAUACUCGCCAAGGUUCCUAUAACAUCUUUGGCAGCAGUGCGAUCCACUAGCAAAUUAUGGGACGCUUUGUCCAAAGAUUGGAUUGUGGGUAAAGCAGUAGCAGCAGCAGCAUCAAAGCAGCAGUUUUUGGGGUUCAUGACGAUGGAUUCCAAGGUUUGUUCAGUCAGAUUCCAUCUCCGCCGCAAGGAAGAAGAAGACGCGGUUGAUCUAUCUAUAAAGCAGGUAGCUUUACUUGAUCAAGUCGAGGUAUCUACAGUUUUUCACUGCGGCGGCUUAUUGUUAUGCGUCCUCAAGGACAACUCGAGGCUCUUGGUGUGGAAUCCUUAUUUGGGGCAAACAAGAUGGAUAGGACCCAAUACAAGUUUCCACAGACUGGACAGGUAUGCUCUGGGAUACGACAGCAACCGUAACCACCACAAAAUCUUGAGGUUUGUGGAUAAUUGCAUCCAUUCAAUACACUAUUUCGGGUUCGAGAUCUAUGACUUUGGGUCUAACUCAUGGAGGGUUCUAGACGUCAGACCCGACUGGGAGGUAGAAUUCUAUCAGCGUGGCGUGUCUUUGAAGGGAAAUGCUUAUUUUUUCGCUCAUGAGAAGAUAGGGCUUGACUUUUUUGAUCCCGUACCAAUAGAAUGCAGCGGUGAAAUGGACGAGGAAGAAGUUGAAGAUUUCUUACUCUGUUUUGAUUUUACAACAGAGAGAUUUGGACCGCGUCUGCCUAUUCCGUUUCACUCUUAUAUUGAAGAUACUGUGACCCUCUCAUGUGUUAGAGAAGAACAGCUCGCCCUGCUAUUUCAGCGGGGUGGAGACUCAAUUGAAACAUUGGAGAUUUGGCUUACCACUAAGAUUGAUCCUAGUGCUGUGUCUUGGAGCAAGUUUUUUAAUGUGGAUAUGAGACCACUACUCACUGGUUUUGAUGCUGUUCGGUUUGACCACAGUUUUGGGAGCUUCUUCAUUGACGAGGAAGAGAAACUCGCCGUGGUUUUCGAAGUAGACGGAUUUCGACACACCGAGACUCCCUGGUACCACACUGCUUUUAUCAUCGGAGACGACGGUUUCUUUAAAUCUGUGAGUCUCGGAGAAGCUCCCAAUGUCUAUGCCGGCGAACCUGGCCUUUUCGGAUAUAUUCCGCAGAUAUUUCUUCCCCCCCUUGUGUGCUCCUCUUCUUAUCUCCCAAGCUUAGUGCAAAUCAACCACCAACCGCGCAAAAGGAAAGUAAUAGAUGAGGAAAUCUAAUUGCUAGUCAAUCAUCAUCUUCACUACGCUUCUAGUUUGUUCACUUUGCUAUUGAUUUCGACUUUUCAUGUUCUGUUUUUAAAAAAAAAUUGAUAAACAACUGUCUCUUUAAAAAAAAAAAAAAAUUUGAUAAUGUCACUUCCAAUUGCGAAAUAAACAACUGAGAAUUGCACCA